UUUUAAAUGCAUCAUAAAACAUAACAAAAAGUAGUUUUAUAGUUAAUGAGAGAAAAGCAAAGCGAAAGAUAUAUUCCGUAGUGGUAAAAAACUGGUAAUAAAAAUAUGGAUCUAAAUAGAAUUCGACUGUUAAGUGAAGAUAAUUUGUUGAAGGCAAUUAAAGACAGCGGCAAUGACGAUAUCGCAAAUCUGUUAAAAGAUAGAGGUAUAGAUGGAAAAUCAUUCUUGGAAUUUCAAGAACUUCAAGCAAUAAGUUGGAAGUUACCUCGAAUUCAAGUUAAAAAUUUAACUACAUUCAUAAGUCAAGUAAAACAAGAUCCUUCGGUACUCGUAAAAUGCCUACCCGAUCCUCAACCUUUUCCGCCUCGCCGUGUUUUUCCAGUUCCAGGUAAAUCUCAUGUAGUUAAACCUCCAGUCAAAUUACCCAGUGUACCGCAUGUUGAAAGUAAUAACACUCGGUUUAAUAAACCUCCUUUGGAGCUUAAGUUUCCUCUAAGCAGCCCCGAUGUACCCCCUAUACCAAAACCUAUAGAAAACCAACAGACUGCCAAAUCAGAAUCUGGAAUGUCAGUUGCCAGAAUAAAAGAAAGGCCGGCUUUUCCAUUACCACGAAGAGCUAGUAUCAAACCAAUUGAACCUCCUGAUGAUCCGAAGGUCGAUUACGGAUACCUGACACCGGACGAUAUUGGCACCAAAUACCCAUCUUUCGCAGAUCAAUUUUCUCCAAAACAAAGAGUACUUCCAUCCUCAAAUAAUAAAUUAUCAAAAGCCACCAACAACCAUCAAACAAACGUUGAUAGUGAAGAUGAUGCUCCAGCUUUGCCCCCUAUAAGAAACUUGCCGCGUAUAGAAUCUAAAAAAUCACCAGUAGGUAAUAGAAAAUUACCACCUGUUCCACCUGAAAGCCCUGACAUAAAGAGAAGAUCAGCAAGUUUAGAACCUCCUACAAAUCGUAGAUUUCAACAAACUGCCCCUGUAGAGCCAGAAGAUGAAAACGACGAUAAUAAUAUUUAUGAUGAUGUGCUAGAAGAGCAAAAACAUAAGAAACAAGAACUGACACCUGGCGCUGUACAAAAACCCUUUGAACCGAUCAAAAAGUAUCCAAGCAGUAUUGCGGAAAAUAUAAAUAACAAUACACUUGAUAGAGAUAGCCAGAAUAAAAGAGGGAAUUUCUUGGGAAAUCUUGGUAAACUUUUGGCAGAAAAAUGGACUCCUCCAAAAACCGAAAAUACUAUCAGUUACAACUACGAGAAUCAUAUGCUGAAAAGUGAGACUACACCUACAUCAAAAUCUACAUUUUCGUUUAAAGAUCGCCCAUUACCAGAAAUUCCAAAAGAGUAUCAACCAGCAUACAGAAAAAAUUCAUUUAAAGAUACAGAAACUGUGUCAAGUAAUCCGAGUACAUUUUCGCGCAAUAAUAGAGAAAAGGGAAAGGGAUACAAUCAACCUCAAACAGUCAAACAUUUUCAACAAAGAAUAAAUCCUGAAGCCGAACAUGCAGAUAACGAACACGAAGAUGAGGAGCAAGUUUAUGAAAAUGUCAACGAACAAAAUAAUUCUAACACACCAGAUGAGUUCGAUGCUCCAGAGUAUGAAAACAACGAAUCUUUCAGUCACAACCAAAACGUCCGCAAUAAGACGUUGUUAGUAGAGGCAUUGCAAAGACAAUCUGCAAGAUCAAACGAGUCAACAAGAAAACAAAUUGAUGAAAAAUCUUCACACAAUGUGCCAACUACACCAGAUUUUGUUAAAGAAGAAAGAGAGGGUGGUGUAUUUUAUGGAAAUAUCGACCAACCUAGAUCAUUUCCGUAUUCUUCUAAGCGAUCUCCAUUUAGAAGUAAUGUUCCUUCGCUUGGAGAAGAUGACGCAGAUGCACCAGAGUAUGGGAAUAUAGAUGAGUCGGAUAUAAGUACCAAUACCAGUUUAACUCAAGAACGGCGACUGGCAACAAAUAGAACCAAUUUUAACUCGCCACCCAUCCAAAAACCACUGAACCAAACUCAAACCCAAUCAGCGGUGAGAACUUCUGUGCCGAGUAUACUAGCUUUAAAAUUAAACGAAGCUCUAAAAGCUCGAGAAAAAAAAAUUCAAGAAAAGAUUAACAAAAAUGCGCCUAAUAAAAAUAAUUUUGCAAAAAUUGCUCCUCCGAAUGAGAGCGAUAGCGAAGAUACUAAAUCUGAAAGAAUUAUUGGGUUAAGAAAACGUAUACCUGAGGAUUCGUUCGCCAACCAAGCUUUUUAUGGAAAUGUAAACGAUUCCAUUAGACAAGAAUUACACGAACAUCGUCCAGAAUUAGAAGAGGAACGAAAGUCUAAUGCUGACUUAAUUUUCAACAUCAACCACGAGCCAUUCUACAGAAACACAGAUAGAAAAGGAGCAAAACAGCUCUUAAGGAAUUUCACCGACGGUGCUUUUUUGUUUCGUCCAAGCGAAAAGUAUUUCUUGGUUCUCACUAUCAAAUAUAACAAAAAGUUUUAUAAUCUAGGGAUAGAAAGAACAGUAAAUAAUAAAAUUCGCUUAAAUGCCGACAUGAGUAGUAUUUCUCCUGAAUUUGAAACUUUAAAAGCGUUCGUUGAGUACUUUACCAAAGAAGCAGUCACGUUUUCAGACCAGGGUACGAUUCUAGAAAUAUAUUUGAAUCCAGUUCUACCAGCUGAUAUUUUUUAACAUAGGAUAUUUUAUACGCUAUAUUUAUACAAUUGUCAAUAUUUUUUUUUAUUAAAGUAGAAAAUACUAAUGUA